AUGGCGCGUCUUGUAGUUCUUUUAUUGAUUAUUGCCUAUGGCUCUGGAAUGAAGAUGCGGGAGACGGUGGAAAGGACCGUGAUGGUCCGGACCACCGGUUCAGAUCUUCAGCCAGCCGCAACGGGAUUCAUAUACAAAAGAGGUACCAACGGCGAAGCUGUUGUUACUAAAUUGGGAGAGAGUGAGGUGAUGGAGCAGUUGUCAAAGUUUUAUAAUCCCAAAGAGUUUAGAGGCGAAGAAAACGCCCCAGUUAAAAGUGAGGAGAAAGUCAUCCCUGUGAAAGAGGAAAAUGACGACGUAGAUGGUAUAGCAGAUGAAGACUACAAAAAAGCUAUUGAUGAAUACUCGUCAAGCUUCGAUGAUUAUAUAAAGAGUUUGGGAGACUUUAAGGACUACAAUAACAAAGAUUUCAACUAUAACGAUUAUUUUAAUAAAAAUGUUAAAGAUGGCGAUAAACAUAAUGAUUAUGACAACAAAAAAUUUGAAAGUUACUAUAUGGCUCGAGAAGAAAUUCCCUUUAAAGAUGCUUACGGAAAGAACUAUAAUCACGAAGAGUAUAAUAACGAUUAUCACAGCUACAAAGUCCCACAAGGUGUUGGAUUUCGCUACAAACAAAACGAAAAGGAUAACGCAGAUUUUGUCAGAGAUGAGCAUCGACAUGAUGGAGGAAAAACAGGAAACGUUGAACAUGAGCAGUCUUCAGAGCACGAAGGUUUGGGCAAUGAAAAAAAAUCUGACGAACAUGGAACAACCAAUUCCGAUGAGGAUAGUACUACCAACGGUUAUAUCGAUUUUGGAGCCAAAAUCGGACCAUCUGCUCGCAAAAGCUACGCUUACGACGUCAAACAUUAA